CCAUAUAAUAUACAGCGAAACGACAAUAUCGCACAUGUGCAACUGUCACAAGGAUACAAUUAGCUGAAAGUUAUAUGCUCAGGAACUCUUGAGUUAUCUUCAGCCUAACGCAUGCACAGCUACCCCGGUCGCCUAUAGCUCACAUCGUUCGUCUUCUUCCUCCUUCACCGUUGCAACUUUGGGUGGCUUGCCGUCGCCAGUGCGCCGGAAAAUGGCGGAGAUCAAAGCCCAGGCCGCUCGCCGCGAUCACGAGUACCCUGUCGUCAUGCCGGACGCCGACGUCCCCGGCGACGGGCCCCGCAAACCGAAGCGCGUCACUUCUCUGGACAUCUUCAGAGGCCUCACCGUCGCACUGAUGGUUUUGGUGGAUGAUGCCGGAGGAGAAUGGCCUACGAUUGGACAUGCGCCGUGGAAUGGUUGCAACCUUGCUGAUUUUGUGAUGCCUUUCUUUCUUUUUAUUGUGGGUAUGGCCAUUCCGCUUGCUUUUAAGAGAAUUCCUGAUCGGUUUGAAGCCAUUAAGAAGGUGAUAUUACGGACUCUUAAGCUCCUCUUCUGGGGUCUACUGCUGCAAGGAGGUUACUCACAUGCCCCUGACAAACUAUCAUAUGGCGUUGAUAUGAAAAUGAUAAGGUGGUGUGGCAUUCUCCAGAGAAUUGCUCUUGCAUAUUUGGUGGUGGCACUGGUUGAGAUUUUUACAAAAAAUCCACAAGUGAAUUAUGAAUCAUCCUGCUCGUUCUCAAUCUUCAAAAAGUAUUGUUGGCACUGGUUGUUUGGAGCAUGUGUUGUUACUGUUUACUUGGCUAUUCUUUACGGGAUAUAUGUUCCUGAUUGGCAAUUUGCAGUCCAGGACAGAGAUAAUCCCAACUAUGGGAAGGUUUUCAGAGUAACUUGUGGCACGAGAGGAAACUUAGAUCCUCCAUGUAAUGCGGCAGGAUACGUUGAUAGAGAAGUUCUUGGAAUUAAUCACAUGUAUCCGCAUCCAGCUUGGAAGAGAUCAAAGGAUUGCACUGUGAAUUCUCCAUAUGAGGGACUGAUGCGGAAUGAUGCUCCAGCAUGGUGUUAUGCACCUUUUGAACCUGAAGGAAUUCUGAGUUCAAUAUCUGCUAUUCUCUCCACAAUAAUUGGAGUGCACUGCGGUCAUGUGCUCUUGCACUUGGAGAAUCAUUCGACCAGACUGAAGCACUGGGUUCUCUUGGGUCUUUCUUUGCUUAUUUUGGGAAUAAUUUUGCAUUUCACUCAUGCAAUCCCUUUAAAUAAGCAGUUAUAUACACUCAGCUAUGUCUGCGUAACAGUUGGUGCAGCAGUGUUGGUAUUCUCAGCCUUCUAUGUCCUGGUUGAUGUAUGGGGUCUGCAUCUCCCAUUUCUUCCCUUGAAAUGGAUUGGCAUGAAUGCAAUGCUAGUGUAUGUGAUGGCAGCAGAAGGCAUAUUUGCAGGAUUCAUUAAUGGGUGGUAUUAUAAUGACCCCCAUAAUAACCUGGUAUAUUGGAUUCAAAAGCACAUUUUCAUUGGAGUUUGGCACUCGAAAAGAGUAGGAAUUCUUCUUUACGUCAUCUUUGCGGAGAUCCUUUUCUGGGGUGUUGUUGCUGGCAUUUUGCAUUGGCUAGGCAUCUACUGGAAGCUGUGAUUUCCAUACGACCCGACCCACACAACCUAGUUAGCUUGUCACUGCAAAAUGCAGGUACUAUUGUGAUAUAAAGGUUCUGGCUCCUCAUUCAUUCUAAGAAUUGAUUUUAGCUGCUGCUACCGCUAAUAUUAGCAGCAGUAGCCUCAGCCGAGUCUGCCCACCUGCUUAUUCAUAAGAGAACCCACAUUCUCAAGAGCUUUCAUGAUCCAUUCGUUGCAAGGAUUUAUUCCCAAGAGUUCUAGACAUGCUUUCUCAAGUUCCUGAAAAGAAACCUCAGGCAUUCUAAUAUACAACAACAUGACAGCUGGUCACCUCCUAUUUCCAGUGUAGCCUUCUUUAUGUUCAACAUCUUCUAAUUCUGACUUGGAGAUCAACCGGAAUUUGUGGUGGCACAGAAAGUAGUUUCCUUUUUAUCAACUUUUGAACCAAAACACCUUGCAAAAUAAAGACAUGUAAUAAGAGCAACGGGCGACCUGACUUUCCUCGCUCCACUUUAAGAAAAUGAAGACUUCAACCCAUGGUAGGCUCCACUAUUGUGUUUCUCUGUCGCCAAAACUUUUGAUUGAUCUCCAAUUUAGAAUUAUAAGACACCGAACUCGGAGGAGGCUAUACUGGGAAUAAGAGGCGAGCUAUUAUCUUUUGUUGUAUGGUUUAGACUGUUCGAGGUAUCUUUUUCUGAAUUUGAGAAAAAAAUGUCUCGUGCUGUUGGGAGGAAUCCAGAUUCUAAUCCUUGCAUAGAGGGGAUCCUGAAAGUUCUUGAGAAUGCAGGUUCUCUGAGUGGACGCGGCUGAGGAAAUGUUCAAGCUCUACCUGGAUCGAUUAAAGAAACUCACUGAUGUUCAAGCAGGAAUACAAAGUAGUUUGUAUUGUACCGCUUACGUGUCAUUCAGAAGACUCGAUUUUUAUACUCUGGCUGCGAAAGCCAUUCAUUAAUAACGAUAGAAAUUUCACA